AUGAACAAACGGAAAAGAAGCCGUUCCAUUGCCAUUGAGGCCACACACAGCUUACCACCCAGCUCGUCAAGUGUUCCCGAUGGUAUCAUCAAUCCUUUCAACCGCUCGCCAGCUGAGCGACGUCAACUGUCAGUCGCGGGGCUUCUAGACACAGAAGAAGAUCCGACGCUUGAGAUAAAAUAUUUCCCCCAUCGCGGUUUUGAGACAGGAAUUGCCGAGGAUGAUCAUGGCCUUCGGCUCGAGCCACUGGGCAGUGGCGAAGAUUGGGAUGCAGGAACGAGUUCGUCACCGGCAGACAAAAGCGUGCAACGAAAAUCGGCUUUCGAUCAAAGGGGUGGUCACUUCGAUACCCUGCUCCGACUCACACACCAAUUUCUCGAUAACGGAGACAUGGUCAAAGCCACACGAGCGUAUGAUGUCCUCCUCCAGCUUCGACCUGGCUCCCGGACCAUGGACGUCCGACAACACAGCAUGUGGGCCAUCGGCGCAGAACUCCUGAUGAGGCAGUGCGAGAAUGAGCCAUCACAGGACAAGAACGGUGAAGAGAGUUCGUCGACUCCGACGCCGACUCCUGAGAUCAGCCGAGGCCGUGGGCUCCCAUCGUGGGGACAACCGACCAACCUCGAAAGGGUCAAGGCCUACUUUGAAGCACUCAUUCAACAACACCCGUACGAUCACAAAUUCCCCCGCAACGUGUCGGCUCUAGAAUUCCACCUCGCCUUGCUCGGUUGUGAGAUAUACAACAUCCAUGCUGAACAACAGUCUGCUCUGGCUCGUCUUCCCGUCCACGCUGAACCGGCUUGCCGAAACCCGCAGCCGUCCCCGGCAGGUAACCCAGAGAACGCGCAGACGAGGGUCCCAGGCCUGGAGCCGAGAGACUUCGCCGGCCACGCGGAGGGUCCUGAUGGCGAAUCUAAUGUCAACCCUUUCGAAGAUUCCAUUCGCAAGCAGGCCCUGGCUGGCAUGCGCGACAUCUCCGACAGAAUGGAUUCGCUGAUGCAGGAGCUUCCAUACCGCAAGAACAACCAAUUCCUCCGGCUUCGCGCGACUGCCGCCUUGUACAUGGCAGACUUGCUCGUCCCACCGUCGUCGCAAAUAACUGGCGCGAAUCAUCAUGAGGCAAGGCGGCAGCAGCGGCAGGUAGCCAUAGACGCCCUGAAGCGGCUUGCCGAGAAUGGCGGAGCGCUGGACUCGAUCGCCCAGGAUAUCCUGGACGGUCAAGAAGAUGAGGAAGAAGGACUUCCGUCGCCGCCGGCACGAUGCUUGUCUCUCACUCUCCCCAUUCGAGGCCCGUAA